UUUCUGGAGACGGAGCUUCUGCUGGAGACAAGCCCUUUUUUACUAAGGUGAAAACAUAACAUUAACGCCACAGUUUUGGGAGCCAAGCUCGAGACUGGAAAUGAAUCUGAACUACACAUCUCCAGUGCCGCAGAUUCCUGCCCAGAGGUCAACGUCCUUCUUCAUUGAAGACAUCUUGCUGCACAAGCCCAAGCCUCUGAGAGAGGUGUUCCACGCGCCCUUCUCCAGCACCCUGACGUCCAGGAUGCCCAUUUUAGAGUACGGAUACCCGCUGAUGCCAACCCCGAUCCUGGCGCCUCAUCCGCACCAUCCUCUUCACAAACCCGAGCAUCAUCCUUAUUUUUUCACUUCGGGCAUGCAAGUUCCAGCCCUGUUCCAGCAUCACCCGGAGCUGCCAGGCAAACACUGCCGACGCAGAAAAGCCAGGACUGUCUUCUCGGACUCUCAGCUGUCAGGGCUAGAGAAGAGGUUCGAAAUCCAGAGAUACCUUUCUACACCAGAAAGAGUGGAGCUGGCCACCGCUUUGAGUCUCUCAGAAACCCAGGUUAAAACCUGGUUUCAAAAUAGAAGGAUGAAGCAUAAAAAGCAACUAAGGAAAACACAGGACGACCAGAAAAAUCCAACUGAUUUGCAUCGGUCCCUGGAAAUUGAAAACGAGAGCAGUGACAAAAAUUCGGAAGAGGUUAAAAGCGGAUCGAACCAGGACUCCUACAUGUUGGAGGAACAUGAAGACGAUGUCGAUAUUGAAGACGAUGAUAUUUGCUCUCCGGAACAUCUAUUAUAA